AUUUCCGGGUUCAGACGCGCCAAAAAGAAAACAGUUGCGUGUGUCGUCUGCAACAUGUGAGAGAGGAGUGGACACUUGACAUAAACACAACGGGUUGUUAAUCGAUUCAAGAUGAGUAAGUGGGGAGAGCGGAUGAAGAAGGUGGAGCAGCUCGCUCAGUCCUUCCAGCUGAAUCCUCUGGCCGCACAAUACAAACCUCGGCUGUGGCCGUGCCAGCCGUCCUCCAUCUGGAAGCUCUUCCCUCGUCAAAGUAUGGCGAUCAGCUUCGCUCAGAGCUGCAAGGAGGCUGUACAUGUGUUUGCACUUGAAAAAGAAAAGACAUCCCUGGGUCAAAGGAUCUUCCUGGUGACCAGCUACAGUGAGCUGUGGCAUUACUACAGGACUUACCCACAGUCCUUGAUGCACUGCUACGAGGUGAUACCAGAGGGCGCUGUUAGUAAACUUUACUUUGACUUGGAGUUCCACAAGCCUUCAAACCAAGGGGCUGAUGGGAAAUCCAUGGUCUCUUCACUUAUCCAGUAUGUAUGCGACAAGUUAAUGGAAGUUUAUGGGAUUGAAUGCUCUGCAAAAAAUAUCCUCAAUCUCGACUCCAGCACGGCGGACAAAUUCAGUCGGCAUCUCAUCUUUAAUCUGAAAAAUGCAGCUUUCAAAGACAACUUGCAUAUGGGCAGGUUUAUCCAUUCAAUUCUUCAAUCGGUCCUGAGCACACCCAAAAGCAGCCUGAGUGUUGGGAUGAAUUCAGAGGAGAAAAACUGCGAAACAGGCAGAGCAAAUGCUGUGUCUGAAGAGACGGCAGCGACGGCAGGGCAGACGUCUGAGAGUCCAGAGGCCAAGAGGUGCAAGCAGGAAGAGAGAGACCUCAGCUUCCUCCAGGUGAAAAACAAAGAUGGCCAACACUGUCUCUUUGUUGAUCUUGGUGUUUACACCAAGAACAGAAAUUUCCGCCUUUACAAGUCAUCAAAAGUUGGAAAGAACGCUGCGUUCACGGUGGCAGACGACAACGAGUUAAUUCACAAACCUGAGAAGGGAAUUUCUGCGGAGGAAAGCGUGUUCUUGGCUUCUUUAGUCUGUAAUAUAAGCUUCACAGGUCAGAGAAUUCUUACGUCAGACAUCCCUGAAACAAAAAAAUCCAAAACCUUGGGAUCUCCCUGUCAGCAGGAAUCAGCCACAGACCCAGUGGCAGGCUCACUCUCGGGCCACUUGUCAUCGCCUUAUCCAGAAGUGGACAACUUUGUAUUAACUGUGGUUAAAAAGGACGGCGUACAUGGAAGCAUCAGACGAUGGAACUACUUUGCUGCUGAACAGCUGAUUGUCUACGACAUCGCAAAUUACCGCUGGUGUGCAAACGUGGAAAGGUUUCACAAAAGCAACAACAUCAUGAUUGUUGUUGACCUCAAAGAGGAAGCGUGGUACCAGAAGUGUCUCGACCCUGAGUGCAGGAACUUCAGGUCCUCAAGCUACCCACUGCCACAGGAGAUCUGCGUCAGCUACAUCAUGACACUGGACGAGGAGGACCAGGCCUACUUAAUGGACGAUGCCGGCAACAUUGAACUCAGCCAGGCCUCGACCCCCCAGAGGACAGCGUGUCCAGAGCAGGGACCUGCAGACGGCUGGGGGGACGGGCAGGACGACCAGGACUAUUUACAGAGCCUGGACGACUUCGAACAAAAAAGCGGGGAUAUCCCUGAUCUGCUUCUGCUCAAAUGUAUGGCAGACUUUGACUCCCAUUAGAGGGAAGCCACUUCCCGAUGUCUCCCGUGUGCAGCCACCCGUCCUCGUCGAUGGCCUCUGCAGUUUUCUCAGAAUCUUUCAGGUAUCCCAGGAAAACAUUUGGUCCUUUGACACAUAUCUGGAGGGAGAGAUGACAAAGUUAAUGAAAUUCACAUUUUACAGAUAUUUAGAAGCAAGCACACGUGCAGAUUAUAUCAAGUGUAUAUCAACGCUAGGGAGCAAUAACGGUUACUCUGUUAAUGGCACCAUUUUAGUACAGAUGGCAAUAUCUCAACAAAUAUAAGAGGGGAAUUUUUCUGAAAUGUCCAAACAGAUAUUUAUGAUGCCUAGAGAAUAAAUGUGACAUUGGUUAUCCUCUGACGUUUGAUCCACCAGCAGGGCAAAUAUUUAACUCAACCUGUGAAAUAGUUCACUAUCUGCUGGAUGGCUUGCAUCAUAUUUAUUGAAGGACAUAUUUCCCUCAGGAUUAAUUGCUAUCAUUUUAGGGAUCCCCUCUAAUGUGGCGCCACCAUCAGACCAUUUGUCCGACACUUGAGUUGUGUAGUUAUUUGGUAUUUUGCAGGUGUGAUUUGUGUUUAAGACUCAUUGCAAAAACAUGGCAUGUAAACAUUAUAUUAGCUGAACAUCAGCAUUGUCAUAAUGAGUAGGUUGACAGUCUGUCUUUACUUUACUCUUAACCUAAUGAAAAAUGUGCUUAUCCAUGUGUUAUUCGUGUUAAGAUCUUUCUGCUGCAGAGAAACGUGUUUUAAUAAUAAUAGUAAUUCAUAUCCUACACUUUAAUGAAUGAUUUAUUGUACAUUUUCCACUGUAUUUUUAUUAAUUCUGCCUGAUAUGCAGCUUGUAGAGUAAGCUUCACUGACCAUGUUCAUUAUAGUGAAGAUGUCACAUGUGCAAAUCGUAUUUCUGCUUUUGUAUUCUUAAAAGUAAUUGGUAUGGCAUUGAGGCUUCAAGUGAAGUCACUGUGGUUUUUGUUAAUAAUAAUAAUUAUACUUUGCAUUCAUUAUUUCUAUCCAAACGGUUGUUAAUUACAAAGCCAAUAAAUACUUUUUUCCUCCACUGA